AGUGCGGUUGCAUUGCAGCGCACAUACAAUGGCUGCUCGAAAGAUAGGAAAGCAAACAAAUUUCGGGCCCGCCGCGUCUCGAAAAAAUAUGAGAAAAAAAUUAUUAAAAAUUCGGAAAAUAGUUGAAAGUCAAGAAAAACACAGCAAAGGGGAUGUUGAAGCGCCUGGGGCUGAUGAGGCCGGACGAGGUUGAGGACGAAAAAGUGGAUGGAAGGUAGUCGCCUUUGGCAAGCGCAUCCGCAUCCGUGAGCGCUCCGCCUUCGAGGCGCCAUGGCCACCGGAGCCCAGCGCCACCUCCACCGGGACGCCAUGGUCAAAGCGAAGCCGGCGCCGGCCGCGGGGAGGCGCAGAAGGGCCGAGGCAAAGCCCAAAAGGAAUUUUCCCUGCCAAGACUGCCAGAAAGCUUUCAACAGUCUGGAGAAGCUGAAGGUGCACUCUUACUCGCACACCGGCGAGAGACCCUACCGCUGCUCCCAGCCCGGCUGCGCCAAGGCUUUUGUCUCCAAGUACAAGCUGUUCAGGCAUACGGCAACCCACUCGCCGGAAAAAAGCCACAAGUGUUCGUACUGUGAGAAAAAGUUUCACCGCAAGGAUCACUUAAAGAAUCACCUCCACAUCCACGACCCGCACAAGGAGGCCUUUGCCUGCCGCCACUGCGGCAAGAUCUACAACACCAAGCUGGGCUUCAAGCGCCACCUGGCCCUUCACGCCGCCAACAGCGGCGACCUCACCUGCCGAGUGUGCCUGCGGCCGUUCCCGAGCACCGCCGCGCUCCUGGAACACCUCAAAAGCCACGCCGGCAAGUCGGCCGGCGCCGGCGCCAAGGAGAAGAAGCAUCCCUGCGAGCAUUGCCAGCGCCACUUUUACACCCGCAAGGACGUCCGGCGCCACAUGGUGGUUCACACGGGGCGCAAGGACUUCCUUUGCCAAUACUGCGCCCAGCGAUUUGGUCGCAAGGACCACUUGACGCGGCACGUGAAGAAGAGUCACCCUCAGGAGCCGCUGAUGGUCAAAGCGGAGCCCGUCAUCCGUGACUUGGCGUCGGGCGGCGCGAAGGCCGAACUCCUGGUCGGGCUGCCGCCGCCACGCGACUUGGUCCCCGAGCCGGAGCCUUUCUCCGACGCCGCGCAGCCUCUCUCUUUCAAAUACCCGACGGGCUCCAACGUGACCUCAUACGCCGUCUGCUCGCAGGAGCGGGAGCAGAAUCUCAAGGGGGAGCUGGAGAGCUAUCUGUUGGAGCUACAGAGCGGCUUGCCGUCCUCCCCCUCCUCCUCCUCCGCCGCGGCGGCGCAAGAUCCGCGCCUCCCGGCGGAUGACGCAGGCACACCGCAGGAAGCGAGCGAGGAGGGGUCCUCGGCCAAAACGGCCACGUCAGUGGCCGGCGACUGGCUGACGUCGUCCUCCCUGAUGGACUUCUCUCAGCUUUUCAAUUUCUUGCCGCUCCACGGGCCCCCGUGCAACCACACGGGGGGCGGCGAGGGGCAGCGGACGCUCACCCCGGAGAGCCCGCAUCUCCGCCCGCCCCCCGAGCCUUCCCGGGGCCCGCAGGCUGCGCUUCAAAGCCAGGCUCCCUUCAUUUGCAACCCGAGCGCCCCCACCACCUUGCCUCGCUUCCACCAAGCUUUCCAGUGACCUGCUGAAAGGUCGCGCCUCGAGGCCCGCCGUGGCUGGGAAAUCCCUCCGCCUCGCCUUUCGACUCAUGAAACACACUUGCCGUCGACAGGUGAACAUCAUGAACGGCGGUGUUUUUUUUUUUUUAUGUCUUUGACAUCCAAUGUGAAGCUUUCUUCCGCUUCUAGCAAACGAGUGCCAAAACCUCUGAAUGGAAAUGUCAUUGCUCGAAAAUCCAGCCGGCCGCAUCGUAAGCCACUUCGGCAACAGGACGCCGACUUUCCGGGGGCCGGGAUGUUUUUCCAAAAUGCAAGCCUGGUUCAUUGCUGCGUUUUCCCUCACUGACUUGUCGUCUUUGUGCUCCCGUGAUAUGAAUCUAUUCGAUUUUUUUCUCUCCAUACGUUCUGCGAUUGAGGUUUCAGUCGUCCCCCAAAUCUUAGAAAGUCAAACCCGACAGCUGCCAAAAACCUGACCGCAUCCUCAAUCGGCCGUUGACGCCGUUCCUCGUCGUCAUACCGUUGACAUUUUGACACCGUGGCACAAAUGCCAGAAUUCAAACGUGCCGUUGGGAGGGCAGGUGGCCUGCAGGACAGCAACGGAGAGACCCUAACCAUUCCAAAAAGUUCCAUCGCGCAUCAAACAGAUUCAUCAUUUUUGGUUCCUAAAUUGCACAAUUCCCCUCAUUUGUCAUUUUGGGCCUCUCCCCCCCGAAUCCAUCCAAUUUGGCCAAGUAAACCACCCUUUUCUGUGACGUGUCAAAAUUCUUUUUGCUUGAGAGAGAAUUUAAAUGCUAUUCCCAGCUACCCAGAAGCACUUACCAUACCAACCGACGAUACAAAAAAUGCCAAAGGAGAAAAGGAAGCAACGGGGUGCACAAAGCCUGGAGAAGGCGACAAAAGUCGAGGGCGGCGCGGAUGGCCAUGCUGGAUGGUACCUUUGCGUUUUCUACUCAAAGAACUUUCAGCCUUUGCUCCGUGAAACGCUCGAGUCCCAAUGAUCAGUGUUAGCACUUUGCCUUACCCCGCGAGCAUCUGGCGUUUGGGCUCGGGCUCUUCACUGGUCCACUUGUUGGUGUCCGUUUGGUCCCCGGAGAAGGCCGUGCGCUGAGACGGAAGGCCGAGGUCAAUGUCUUUACUUCGCCCCCGAUUCUGAGCUGUGUGCGUUGCCGCUCUGUCCGGCGACACUUCAUUUUCUCCGCUGCCUUUUGUCACGAAUGGAGAGAUGACGUCGAGGGCAAUAACGUGUCAAUAGAGCUGUUUUGCUUUGCCGGGUACACGUGGUCGGCGUCUUUUGCUUUGUUUUGUUGUUUUUGUUUCAAAGCAUCAUUUUUGCGUGACUUGCACAUGUUCAACUCAAACCUGAAAUAGAUGUCGUCUUCUGCCGGGUUUGGACCUCGGUGUGAGAAAAAGUUGUUGGCGGAAAGGUGACCUUUUAAUUUGCGUCUCGUGUUUUCAUGCCUAAAAGCUGCUAUCGGAGAAGACGACCAAACAGCAUUUGGAGGCGGCAGGGAGGAAAGACAUCAAACGGACAUCAGUGGACGGAUAUAAAAUCAGGAUCAUGAAGAGAAAAAAAAACCGCUCCUUUGUGCAAACUUCCCUCCGCAUUGCCUUCCAAAUCUGUUGAAAAACCCUCAGUGGUACCGGCAGAUCAUGAUUGAAUGUGUAUGGAAGAAACGCUGCUAGAAUCUAGUUGAUCAAGCUGCUAACGUACUUCGAAAGCUCCUCGAGGUGCUCCACAACCCUUUUUCUACUUUGAAAAGGAAUUGUUUGUUGACAAGUAGUCAUUUCAGGCGAGCAGCUGGCAUGUGACCCACUGGCUGUUCGCUAUCCCUUUGAUUUCGUUUGACUGUACUGUGACACGUUUGCUCUUUAUUUUUCCAAACCGUGUCUCACAAGCAACACCUUUUAUUUGCCCCACCUGUGUUUGUUUUCCCGAUAUUGGGAAGCCUUGUCAUUGGGAGAGCUAUAGCAAACGUGAUUUAUGAAUUUUUUUGGGGGGUGCGGGGGUUGUACAUGUGACAACAUCCAAAAUGAGAUAAAAUCUAUUCAAUUCAUGCAUUCCAGCCAUGUUAGUAUUUUUAUGUGUUGCGUUACAACAUUGCCAUCCCAUAACAGUGAUGGAAUUGAUUGCGUGAAUGAUGGUAACUCUCAAUAUUUAACUAAAAACCUGUUUUUAAAACUACUGUUAUAUUUUCAUACCUACAGGCAAUGUAUUUUUAUGCAUAUGUAUAUAGAUAUAUAAAUAUGUCCUUAUAUAGACUGUAUGUGUGUGUGUGUGUGUGUGCGUGUGUGUAUAUAACGUAUAUACAGUAUGUACUACAUAUACACAAUACAUCUAUAUCAACACAUAUAUUUACUUAUGUGCAUAUAUGUAUAUAGUACUGAAUGUGUAUGUCAAAAAUAUUUAGAUAUGUUUGUAGUCUUUGUAAAACAGAAUUUUAAAAAACACUGUCAUAAUCCAAAGAGGCAGAUUAUUUAUUGUUUUGCAUAAUAACCUGAAUUGUAUUUACACACCUUGCUGCUAUUAAUAAGGGGGGCGACAUUGUCAACUCCAUUGUUUAAAUGCGAUGUAUUGAAAGUUCAAUAAAAAUGAGAACGUUUU